AUGGAAAUUUUUUGGAAGACGUGGACAUGGAUUUUGAGCCUAGUCAUGGUUUCAUCGGAAUUUCACAGUGACAACAGGCUUUCAUAUAGUUCUCAAGAGGAAUUCCUGUCUUACCUUGAACACUACCAACUAACAAUCCCAAUAAGGGUUGAUCAGAAUGGAGCCUUCCUCAGCUUUACUGUGAAAAAUGCUAAACCCUCAAGAAGGAGGAGGAGCACAGACCCUUAUGACCAAGAACUGGCAGCAUCUAAAUUAUUUUUUAAACUUUCUGCCUAUGGCAAGCACUUUCAUUUAAACCUGACUCUCAACACAGAUUUGGUGUCCAGACAUUUUACAGUAGAAUACUGGGGGAAAGAUGGACCGCAAUGGAAGCACGAUUUUUUAGACCACUGUCAUUACACAGGAUAUUUGCAAGACCAACACAGUACAACUAAAGUGGCCUUAAGCAACUGCAAUGGUCUGCAUGGAGUCAUUGCUACAGAAGAGGAAGAGUAUUUUAUUGAGCCUUUAAGGAAUAUUACAGAAGAUUCUAGUAACUUUAAUUAUGAGAACGGUCAUCCUCAUGUUAUAUACAAAAAAUCUACCAUGCAUCAGCAACAUCUCUAUGAUCACAGUCACUGUGGAGUCUCAGACCUCACAAGAAGCAGUAAACCUUGGUGGAUGAGUGAUGCAUCUGCUUUUCCAACUUCACUUCCAGUCAACGACACAUUAAGUAGUCAUAGUCGACAGAAGAGAUCAGUAAGCCUUGAACGAUUUGUGGAAACACUGGUAGUAGCAGACAAAAUGAUGGUGGGAUACCAUGGUCGCAAAGACAUUGAACACUACAUUUUGAGUGUAAUGAAUAUUGUUGCCAAACUUUAUCGUGAUUCCAGUCUAGGAAACGUUGUGAAUAUUAUAGUAACACGUUUAAUUGUCCUCACUGAAGAUCAGCCAAACUUGGAGAUAAACCACCAUGCAGACAAGUCCCUCGAUAGCUUCUGUAAGUGGCAGAAAUCCAUUCUCUCCCACCAAAGUGAUGGAAACACCAUUCCAGAAAAUGGGAUUGCCCACCAUGAUAAUGCGGUUCUUAUUACUAGAUACGAUAUUUGCACUUACAAGAACAAGCCUUGUGGAACACUAGGCUUGGCCUCUGUGGCUGGAAUGUGUGAGCCUGAAAGGAGCUGCAGCAUUAAUGAAGACAUUGGCCUAGGUUCAGCUUUUACCAUUGCACAUGAGAUUGGUCACAAUUUUGGUAUGAAUCAUGAUGGAAUUGGAAAUUCCUGUGGGACCAAAGGUCAUGAAGCAGCAAAGCUAAUGGCAGCUCAUAUUACAGCAAACACCAACCCUUUCUCUUGGUCAGCCUGCAGUCGGGAUUACAUCACCAGUUUUUUAGAUUCGGGCCGUGGUACUUGCCUUGAUAAUGAGCCUCCCAAGCGUGACUUUCUUUAUCCAGCUGUGGCCCCAGGUCAGGUGUAUGAUGCUGAUGAACAGUGUCGCUUCCAGUAUGGAGCAACAUCCCGCCAAUGUAAAUACGGGGAAGUGUGUAGAGAGCUCUGGUGCCUCAGCAAAAGUAACCGCUGUGUUACCAACAGCAUUCCAGCAGCUGAAGGUACUCUUUGCCAAACAGGGAGCAUUGAAAAGGGGUGGUGUUAUCAGGGAGAGUGCGUACCUUUUGGCACUUGGCCCCAGAGCAUAGAUGGGGGUUGGGGUCCAUGGUCAAUAUGGGGAGAGUGCAGCAGGACCUGCGGGGGAGGAGUCUCCUCAUCUAUAAGACACUGUGACAGUCCAGCGCCUUCAGGUGGAGGCAAAUAUUGUCUUGGAGAAAGGAAGCGGUACCGCUCCUGUAAUACUGAUCCAUGUCCUUCAGGGGCCCGUGAUUUUCGAGAAAAGCAAUGUGCAGAUUUUGACAAUAUGCCUUUCCGGGGAAAGUAUUAUAACUGGAAACCCUACACUGGAGGUGGGGUUAAACCAUGUGCAUUAAACUGCUUGGCUGAAGGUUAUAAUUUUUACACUGAACGUGCUCCUGCAGUAAUAGAUGGGACUCAGUGCAAUGCUGAUUCACUGGAUAUCUGUAUCAAUGGAGAAUGCAAGCAUGUAGGUUGUGAUAAUAUUUUGGGGUCUGAUGCUAAGGAAGAUAGAUGCCGUGUUUGUGGAGGAGAUGGGAGUACAUGUGAAGCCAUUGAAGGUUUCUUCAAUGAUUCAUUGCCCAGAGGAGGAUAUAUGGAAGUGAUUCAAAUUCCAAGAGGUUCUGUGCACAUUGAAAUAAGAGAAGUGGCAAUGUCAAAGAACUAUAUUGCUUUAAAAUCUGAAGAGGAUGACUACUAUAUUAAUGGUGCCUGGACUAUUGACUGGCCAAGAAAGUUUGAUGUUGCUGGAACAGCUUUCCAUUACAAGAGGCCAACAGAUGAACCAGAGUCUUUGGAAGCACUAGGUCCUACUUCAGAAAAUCUCAUAGUCAUGAUUCUGCUACAGGAACAAAAUUUGGGUAUAAGGUAUAAAUUCAAUGUUCCCAUCUCUCGCACUGGCAGUGGAGACAAUGAAGUUGGCUUUGCAUGGAAUCAUCUGCCUUGGUCAGAAUGUUCUGCUACUUGUGCUGGAGGCGUGCAGAAACAAGAGGUGGUGUGUAAAAGGCUGGAUGACAACUCCAUUGUACAAAACAAUUACUGUGACCCUGACAGUAAGCCUCCAGAAAACCAAAGAGCCUGCAACACUGAGCCUUGCCCACCUGAAUGGUUUAUAGGAGAUUGGUCAGAAUGCAGUAAGACUUGUGAUGGAGGAAUGCGUUCACGAACAGUUCUCUGUAUCAGAAAGAUUGGACCUUCUGAGGAGGAGACGCUGGACAAUACCAACUGUUUAACACACCGACCUAUUGAAAAAGAGCCCUGUAACAAUCAGUCCUGUCCCCCACAGUGGGUCACUUUGGACUGGUCAGAAUGCACACCAAAGUGUGGCCCAGGAUUCAAACACCGAAUUGUUCUGUGCAAAAGCAGCGAUCUUUUGAAAACUUUUCCAGCCGCACAAUGCCAAGAGGAAAGCAAGCCGCCAGUCCGCAUCCGCUGUAGUUUAGGCCGAUGUCCUCCUCCUCGCUGGGUUACUGGAGACUGGGGACAGUGUUCUGCACAGUGUGGUCUUGGGCAACAGAUGAGAACAGUGCAGUGCCUCUCAUACACCGGACAAGCAUCCAGCGAAUGUCCAGAAACACUUAGACCUCCAUCAAUGCAGCAGUGUGAAAGUAAAUGUGACAGUACUCCCAUUUCCAACACAGAAGAGUGCAAAGAUGUGAACAAAGUGGCAUAUUGCCCACUGGUGCUGAAGUUCAAGUUCUGCAGUCGAGCAUACUUCAGACAGAUGUGCUGCAAGACCUGCCAAGGACACUGA